CGGAGGAGACUUACCGGACCCCUCACUUGCCAAACACAUCCCCACCUCAAGGCUGUGUAUCUGCCGUGUACGGACCUGACCGAUAUCCAUCCGUCCCAAAUUCUGCAUCUGUGAAGAAGGGAAGGGAGUUUGGAAGUAUUUAAUUACCAGAGGAGACUUACCAGACUGCGGGCUUGCCGAUUGCAUUCCCACCGGUGAAAUACCUACUUGACCACCCAUCUGUCCAUCUAUUGCGGGGCCCGCACAGAGGAAGAGGGCGGGAGAGUCCCCGGUCGCUGCAUUGUUUACCUUCAAGCCCUGAGGGUAGCAAAGAAGAUUUUAGUUUAGGAUUCCCAAUUUGUUUUUACUUCAAAAUAAAACUUGUUAAAUUUAUUCUCUGUCUCCGACUCUUCCCUCUGAUACGCUCCUCGAGGGGGUCCUGGUUUAGGGGAGGGCGCAGUCCAGCUUGGCCCCCCUGACCUGUGACAUCAACAAGGAUAAAUGUAUUACACAAAUGAAAGUAUUCAAUAACAGGGGCUUACUGAGCUGAAGUGAGCAGCAUUUAACAGCUUCCACGACGAGGCAACCCGUCCUAUGUAGAAAAAACACAGUCUUCAUCUCAUGUGAAUAUAGUUGAUUUUAAACAUUGUUCAAAGACUCCAUCAUGUCAACGCUUUCGGCAGAGACAGGCCCUGAGGAUGCCAACAAUCAGAGCUUCUGGAUGCCAGGGAAUUACCACCGGACUGUGAAGAGGACCGAAGAUGCCUUCCAGGCGUGUAAUGAUAUAGUGGCAUGUUUCCAAGAGAGGGCCAGGGUCGAGAGACAGUACGCGCAGCAACUUAGUGAAUGGAGUACCAAGUGGAAACCCCUAGUGGAUGCAAGUCCUCUCUACGGCUCGCUAUUACAAGCUUGGAGGUGCUUCCUCUCUUCUGCUGACCGCUUCUCCUCCCUUCACUCCUCCAUCUGCCGUGCUUUGGUGUCAGAGGACGGAGAUUGCAUCCGGACGUGGCAGAAGGACACUUUCCAUAAGAAGAUAUUUGGAGGUUUCAAAGAGUCCCAGGACUUUGAAACUGGUUUCUCACGUGCUCAGAAGCCCUGGGCCAAGAGACUGAAGAAGCUAGAGAAGGCCAAGUCUGCAUUUCACAAAGCUUGCCGUAAGGAACACAUGGCUCGUGAGCGGGAGACCCAUGCCCAAGGCAACCCUGACAUUGCCAUUGAAAAACAGAGGAAGAUCCAGGAAGAGACCGAACUGGCUCACCAGGAGACAGAGAAGGUGCGAGCCCGCUAUGAGAAGGUUCUUGAGGAAGUGACACGUUAUGCUCCACGCUACAUGGAGGAAAUGGAGUCUAUCUUUGACCAGUCACAAGAGGAGGAGAGGAAGAGGAUAAGCUUCCUCAAACAGGCUUUCCUGUCCAUCCACAGACACUUGGAUGUCACCAACAACGAGAGUGUAAAAGCUGUGUACAAUGAGCUCCAUAAUACUCUCAUGUCCAUCAGCGAGCAGGAAGAUUUGCGCUGGUGGAAGAAUACACACGGGCCAGGAAUGCCCACUGACUGGCCUCAGUUUCAGGAGUGGACUCCAGACAAGAAGCAUAAAAAGGGAAGGAAGGAGGUGGAGCAGAAAGCAGUAGUGAUGGAGAGAAGUGUAAUGAUUGGAGGAGUGAGAGUCCGAGCUCUUUAUGACUAUGCUGGACAGGAGACAGAUGAACUGUCCUUCAAAGCAGGUGAGGAGUUUCUGAAGAUCGAGGAUGAGGAUGAUCAGGGUUGGUGCAGAGGUAUGAUGGACGGAGGGAAAGAGGGCCUUUACCCUGCUAACUACGUGGAGGUGGUGUAAAACCUCAGGACAGCAUCAAGCUCCAGCUCGGGGAUACAGAAAUGCCUACAGGCGCCCAGGUUUAAGCCUGCUUCACAGCCAUUUUUAUUGAUGAUUGCUUUGUUUUCUCUGAACAGAUGACAGAUGGUACACAGGUACGGCUUUAGAGUUGAAUUAAGCUUGGAUCAGGACGACAAAAUGCUUCUUUCACUACGAUCUUACUUGAGAACAUUGUAAUAUUCUGUUUUAUUGCGUGUCACAUUGUAGCUUUAAGUCAAAAUAUACAGAGAAUUGCAUACGUUAUAAUAUGAUAAGGUAUCAAGAUCCUCUAAUAUAUAGAGAGAAAAUGAACUGCAUUGUCUUGAUGCUUGCAUGAACCUACAAAGUAUUUUAAUGACAAUGUCUCACACCAAAGAUUAUUUCCAUUUUAUCAAUGACAUAUUUCUUCUGACAAGAAUUACGUAAUAUCUGAUGGCUGUGUAAAAGGAGCCAGAUGGUUAUGAUGUUCAUCUACAGCUGAAAAGUGUCAGUAGAUACUGUAUGAUGAUAUGCUAUAUUUCAACCGUUUUGGUCUUCUUGUUAGAUGUCACCUGUGUCACGUUAGGUAAUUUUAGAUUCACAGAGGCAGUACUAAUCAACACCACUUUAAAGUGAUAGCCAUGGGACCCAUUCGGUCUCUUCUUUUGUAUUUCUGUUGUGUUUUAAGAUGUCAGUCUAACCAAAGAAAAUGUAUGCAAAUAAGCACAAUGUUUGUGUGAGUAAAUUACAUUGGAUCAGGGCACUAUUUUAUGCACCAUCACUAAUCUAAUGCGAACGCUAGCAGUAUUAAAAGGAAAACUUAUUACUGUGAGUCUUGUUCUUAUUAAUCAUCUUGAAAAAAAAACUUUCAGUAAGCAUAUACGCACUAUUAUACAUAGAGACAUUUUAUUUUUGCUGUUCAUGUUUCACUCUGUGCAUGUCCUGAGGCCACAUGCUGGUGCAAAUAUAUGGAGCUGUAAAAAAA